AUGGACGGAGCCGAUAACGUUGUAACAACUGCUGUGAAGGAAAAGAAGCUAUUACGGUAUCGAAAACAACCAGACAAAUUAUAUACCUUCAAGAUGGUUGGUUCAGGUGGCGAGGAGUCUGUAAAUGUCAACAUGACUGACAUUGCAAUGGAACUCCAACCAGACUCAGAAUUUGAAAAUAGUGACGAUGACACAAGGCAUUUGAUAUCUCAAAUACCAUCGUCAAUGAUCAAAGGAUUGAGAAACAACAACAACCACCGCAAAAUAAAUAACGCGCAUCAGCCGGAGGAUGAGAAUGUCUGGUCGAUAUCUGUUCAAAUGUUUAUCCCAUUUUUACUUGCUGGUUUUGGCAUGGUUGCCGCUAGCCUGUUGCUUGACGUCGUUCAGCAUUGGGCUGUCUUCAAAGUAGUUUCUGAAGUAUACAUACUAGUGCCUGCUCUACUAGGUCUAAAAGGCAACCUCGAGAUGACACUAGCCUCUCGGUUGUCAACCCAAGCUAAUCUCGGCCAUAUGGAUACCAGGAAACAGCAAUGGACGCUGAUUGCUGGUAACCUUGCAUUGAUACAAUGCCAAGCAAUGGUUGUUGGUUUGCUAGCAUCGCUCGCUGCCGUCAUACUGGGAUGGAUACCAGAGGCCCACUUUGACAUAAAUCAUGGCCUCCUACUGUGUGCCAGUUCACUACUGACAGCAUCUAUUGCUAGUUUUAUUCUGGGUCUUGUUAUGGUCGCAGUUAUAUUAUUGUCCAGAAAGAUGAACAUCAAUCCAGAUAAUGUAGCCACACCCAUUGCUGCGUCGUUAGGAGACCUGACGACGCUAGCACUCUUGUCUUGGAUAGCAUCGAUGUUGUACAACGCAAUUGAAUAUGCUCCAUGGAUAGCACCGCUUGUCACAGUCAUUUGUAUAGUUGCAACACCUUUUUGGGGAUAUAUUGCAGCGAGUAAUCCAUUUACAAGAGAAGUAUUGAAUCAUGGGUGGACACCUGUGAUAUCAGCGAUGUUAAUCAGCAGCAUCGGAGGUCUCAUAUUGGACUUUACGAUAUCGACCUAUAAGGGCAUAGCAGUUUUUCAGCUAGUCAUUAAUGGGGUAGGGGGGAAUCUGGUGGCUGUCCAAGCGAGUAGAAUUUCAACAUCGUUACACAGAAAGCAAAUAACUGAGCACCAUGAAAUUCCAACAAUUUGCAUAAGUCCGGUCCACGCGUUUCUUGAUCCAGGUGGACAUGCCAGAACUGCUAGAGUUCUAAUAAUGAUGGUGGUGCCUGGUCACUUGAUAUUCAGCUAUACUAUAAGUUAUCUCCAAGCUGGACAUACGACGCUGACCCCAAUAUUUAUAAUCAUAUAUUUAUUUGCCGCCCUGCUGCAGGUAAUACUACUGCUGUACAUAGCACAAUUAAUGGUUGUCUGGAUGUGGACACUUGGUAUGGAUCCGGACAGCUCUGCAAUACCAUACUUAACAGCUGCCGGUGAUCUUAUAGGAACUGCGCUGCUGGGUAUAGCUUUUCACAUUCUCUAUGCCAUCGGCGACGGAGAUGCCGAUGUUGGAGAUUGAAAGGUGCGUUUAUUUUUUAUACGAAGAAUAGAGUGAUAUAUGAAUAAUUCCUAGAAGGCUUUUGAAAAUGAUUAGACACUUUCUCAUCUGCAGACAUUUGAUAAAUAAUCAACAGAUUUAUCCACUGCCAUAGAACAGCUAAUGAAUGCAAGUAUUGGAAGUGAUAAAAGAUUGGCAUCGAUCAUAUCAUUUGCAUACUUUGUAUUUGUGUUAAAUGUUUUUUCAACUCUCGACAAAUAUGCUCCAAAUUUAAUGAACUUAAAACUUGAUAUUUUCCGUAUUCUUCAGAUAGAUUAGACCAAAAGUGAUAUGAAUAUUAUCAUUAUUAUUACUCCUAAUAUUUUUAUUGUUGUUAUCAAAGCAUUUCAACAAUUACAAGAAUUUGUUUUUAAUGCUUUGCCUUACAAAUAUCUGAAAAGAUUAUGCCAGUAUAAUAUAUUAGCCAGAUGAAUUAAUUUUUAAUUAUUACAGCUAAGUGUAAGAUACAUAAGUAUAAUAAGACAUAUUUAGUGUAAUAUUUUUUAUCGCACGAUAUCAGAAGUAAUUGAACCAAUUUGUACAAUUAGUGAUCGGUUGACCUAAGAUUAUAGUUAGGUAAUUUGGUUAAAUAUUAAGAGUUUGCAAUUGCCAUAGAACUUUAUCAAAAUAUUUAGGUAUAUUUCUUUCCUAUUAAAUUGUGUCGCCAUAUAUAUGUAUAU